UCAGCACAAGCCACAAUUCGACCAAGAGGCUGACGCGGAAAACUAGAACCGCAUCCUUUUUCUACACCCGGCAUGUAAAUAUUACUUUACUACGCUUUGCAUAGAUAACGCUAACUUAGAUUUAAUGUUAAGACCCGCUCGUUUAGAUGUGUCGGACGCGUGCAGCACUUUAGUAAUAGAGGAAACCCGCUUUGGCGAGUGUCUGAAGGCUGUGUCCUGAUGUGAGGCUGUGGGACUGUGUACCGGCUGAAAUGCUGUCCACCGGCGGUCCACAGCUGCGGCUGCUGGCCUGUGUAACUCGUUUAAGUUUUCAAGUCACCGACGGCAAAAGAGACUUGAAAAGCGCGUGUUCUACCUGCCAGCAAAUCACUGACAACUUUAACAAGGGCUUUGACAGAACAGCAAAGCAGAACUUUGGUGGAGGUAACACUGCCUGGGAGGAGAGAAAACUGUCUAAAUAUGAAACUAGUGAGAUCCGUCUGGUGGAGAUCGUGGAGGGCUUGUGUGAAAGCAGCAGCUUUGAGUGCAAUCGAAUGGUAGAAGAGCAUGAAGAUCACUUUGAGACUUGGUGGUUCAAGAGGAAAACAAAGAAUCCUGAUUUGCACAAAUGGUUCUGUGUUGAGACUAGUAAAGUGUGCUGUCCAAAGGGAACAUUUGGACCUGACUGCAAUGCCUGCUUGGGGGGCUCUGAGAGGCCUUGUCAUGGAAAUGGAAUGUGCGAUGGUGAUGGGACUCGCGGAGGUAACGGAAAGUGCACUUGUGACCACGGUUAUACAGGGGAGUUCUGCUUAGAUUGCAUCGAUGGCUAUUUCAAUGAAGUGAGAAACGACACCUUCUCUCUAUGCACAGAGUGCCAUGCCUCCUGUAAGACCUGUAACGGAGCAACCAAUCAGGACUGUGAUGAGUGCAAAGAUGGGUGGGAGGAAGAUGAUCAGGAAGCUUGUGUUGAUAUAAAUGAGUGUUCCAAAGAUCCCUCUUCAUGUAGAGAAGAUCAGUACUGCCUUAAUUCAGAAGGCUCCUUCUCCUGCAAAGCCUGUGACAAAGUGUGCUCCGGCUGCACAGGAUCAGGUCCUGAUAAGUGCCAGGCCUGUGCCAGUGGGUACCAAGAUACAGAGGGCACCUGCACAGAUAUCGACGAGUGCUCCCAGGAGGAGCCGCUCUGCACCAAGGAGCAUCAGGAGUGUGUCAACACUAAGGGCAGUUAUCUGUGUAUCUGCUCAAGUGGUUUUGAGGAACAAGAUGGCGAGUGUGUCCCAACGCCACAACCAGAAAAAGAGGAGGAAUCUGAAACAUCUGAGGGGACUCCAAAUCCACAUGUAGAGCUUUGAUGUAAAAACUUGGACCAGUGGAGGCAAAUCAGAAAGAGCUGUUGGAAUUAGUGCAAACCUGAAGCUGCUCCUUUUAAAACUAUUGACUUCAGCACUUGGUGUAUCGUCUGCACUUAGAACCGACAAAGGCGGGGAUGACAGCGUUUUAUCUACCCGUGGAUCAUGGAUUAAUGGACAAAAAAGACAUUUUAUGCUGUUUUCUGGUCAUUGUUGCUUUUUCUCUUCUGUGCAAAGUACCACUUGUGUUUGUUGUAUGGUUUUAAACAUUAAAAGUGUUGAAUAAAGGUUAAUAAUGUUCAA